AUGUGUGAAGUCGUGAAAUCAGCGACAGGUGCGGAUCAAGUUAUUGCAUUCCACCACAUUGUCCGCAACGAAAAUCUGGCCCUGCAGCUGGUCGGUGGAGAUGCCAGCAAACUCUCCGGCUUCGAUAAUGGCAACGGUGGCGUCGGCGGGUAUGCAAGGAAUGCCCAUGCUGACUACACGACCGCGACAGCGGUCGGCGCUGCGCGCCAGGCUUUGUGCUCCGUUGAGGAUGAAGAGAUGGUCAAGCGCUGUGCCGGCAGUCGGUUUGCUUUGGUCAACGCCUGGCGAAGCAUCAGUGAUUCUUCACCCGUCGUGACUCACCCACUGGCAUUGCUGGAUGCCACGACGGUGUGCGAGGACGAUGUCGUGCUGGUGGACCUCCUCUACCCAGGCUUUGUUUCGGAGUCGCUGCAGAUCACCUUCUCGCCACAGCACCGCUGGCUCUACUGGCCAUGUCCCAUUUUCUACUCCGCCCCCGCAGCCAUGGCCCCAAACACCCGUCGUUCGCCACUCCUCGUCGUCCUGGCCCUGGCUGUGGCGGCCUGCAGUCCGGCCUUCCUGAUGCCAGGUCUCCGGCCGUCUGUGCCCGAGAAGACCCAGCAGCUCGUGGCUGGCGCGGCCUUGGUUGCGUCCAUGCCCGCUCCCGCUCAUGCCGGUGGCAUGUUCGACUUCGGGUUGACGCUCCCAUUCGUGGCGGGCUCCUUCCUGCUCCUGAUGACGGUGCUCAACGCGCUCUUCUACGCACCCGUCUCGGAGGAGAUGGAAGAGCGAAACGCGAAGCUCCUGCAGACCCUGUCUGAUGCCACCGACAUGCUGGCAGAGGCUGACGAGAUGCAGGUGCAGUACACCGCCGAGAUCAAGGAGGCACGGGAGAAGGCUGCGCAGGAGCUCGCGGCGGCGCGAGAGAAGACCGAGGCCGCUAUUGAGGCAUCCAUGACCGCCGCGAGCACUGCGCGGGAGAAGAAGGCUGCAGAGUUCCGAGCAAAGCUGCAGGUCCAGAUGAAGGAGCAGAUCAACGGUGCUGAGAGCACCAUCAAGGAAAGCUUGCGUGGCUGUAGGGAUUACGGGCUCUUAUAA